GCCUCUCUCAAUUGGACAAAGCACUCCAGACCUUUUGGAAGAGUGACUCCAAAGGCAAGCACCUGCUUGGCAGGCCCCUCAGCUUCUAUGCAAGUAUAAAACGGUAGUGAGCAGUCUUCAGCCUGAGACCCAUCCCUAGGCUGGAGGUGAUGGUAUGGGUGCUGCAGCAGGUUUUCAGCUCUGAUGAGAAUUAACAGGAUUGCAGAGUGGAAGAGGCCAGAUUGUGGCACCUCUCAUCAUAAACAAGUUUCAGUCAACGGAAAAUUGAAACACCCAAUAAAGAAGACCACUGAGGACCUGGAUUGCACAGAAAUGGAGACUUGACUCAACAGUAAAGUGAAGAACAGCAUCCAGCAGAGGUUCUGGCAGAUGGAUCUUCUGGUAGGAGGAGCUGGUUUUCUUUCAUGUCAUAUGUUUCUCAUGCCCCACCCAGGAAGCUGGGGCCUCCCUCUCUGCUCAUCCAGAUAAAUGAUCCAGGCUCCGUUAGAGCCCAUCACUGCCCUUGGAAGUUGCUGGAGUCACGAUUCAGUCCCCUGGACUGUAGAUAAAGGCCCUUUCUUGCCAGGUGCUGAGACAACCACACUAUGAGAGGCACUCCAGGAGACCCUGCCGGUGGAGGAAGGGCCGUCUAUCAAUCAAUGUAUAAACCUAUUACUGGGACUAUUAAUGAUUUGAAUCAGCAAGUGUGGACCCUUCAGGGUCAGAUCCUUGUGGCAGUUCCACGAAGUGACAGUGUGACCCCAGUCACUGUCACUGUUAUCACAUGCAAGUAUCCAGAGGCUCUUGAGCAAGGCAGAGGGGAUCCCAUUUAUUUGGGAAUCCAGAAUCCAGAAAUGUGUUUGUAUUGUGAGAAGGUUGGAGGACAGCCCACAUUGCAGCUAAAAGAGCAGAAGAUCAUGGAUCUGUAUGGCCAACCUGAGCCUGUGAAACCCUUCCUUUUCUACCGUGUCAAGACUGGUAGGACCUCCACCCUUGAGUCUGUGGCCUUCCCGGACUGGUUCAUUGCCUCCUCUAAGAGAGACCAGCCCAUCAUCCUGACUUCAGAACUUGGGAAGUCAUACAACACUGCCUUUGAAUUAAAUAUAAAUGACUGAACUCA